GUUCUCAUCUUGCGAGGUGAUGCCGUCACACAGGAAUCGUUCGCAGCUGCAUGGGAAAAACGGGCCCCUGUAGUUGUUCGUGGUAUUGCCGUGGUGGGGCGCUGGACACCCAGCGAACUAGCACAGGACUUCUGUGCCGUCAAGGUUUCCCCGAUCAACUGCCUCACAGGCCAAACAGUGAAAGGUCACACUGUUGGCAGUUUCUUUUCGAAGCUCGAAAACGCGGACUUCAGUGAUACCCCUCCACUGAAGCUGAAGGAUUGGCCUUCGAGGAAUGAUUUCUUGGCAACGUUCCCAAAGCUAUUCAAGUCGUUCUAUUUCAUGAUUCCAGAAGGUUGCAAAGAGAUGUGCAAGGCGGACGGUAUCAUGAACAUGGCAUCGUUCUACGCUGACAACGAUAACAAGCCAGAUCUCGGCCCAAAGAUGUACGUCGCGAAUGGCAAUCAAAAUGCGAACUUCGGCACCACGAACCUCCACGCCGAUGUUACGUGCGCUGUCAACAACAUGUUGUGGUGCUCGGAUCCAUCGCGGCCCGGUGCGAUUUGGCAAGUCUUCCGCUUUGAAGAUUCAGACCAGAUUUGCCGAUACCUCAUUGAGACCCAUGGCGUCAAGAACGUCCACCCCAUUCACUCGCAGACCGUGUGGCUCACCGAAACCAUGCUUUCCGAUCUCGUAGCCAUCGGCGUGGUGGUUUAUACAAUCGAACAGUAUGUUGGUGACAUGGUCUUCAUUCCAGCAGGUUGUGCGCAUCAAGUUCGAAACACUCAGAAUGCCAUCAAAGCUGCGUGCGACUUCAUAUCUCUUCAGAAUCUCCAUAUCACUGCAAAGCUCCUCACUAGUCAACGAGAUCACCGCCUGCGAGGCGGAGGCCACUCGGGUGAGGACAUUCUGCAAUUGAACGCGCUGCUCUUCCGUAUUUGGUCAAAUAUGGCCCCCUUCAUUGACAAUGUACUCGCGUCCAUUGGUAAGUGCAGUCACUAUAGACGUAGAGCUCCACUUAAUUAUCACACCAGGGCCCAGCAGCAUGAGGGUCUACCCCUGCCCCUCACCCGGUUGUGUUGA